AUGGAUUUUCCCUUCCCUUCCUUUAGCCUCUGCGUUAACAUAUUUAUCGUGUCCAAAUUUCCAUGCCAAAUGUUUUCAGUGAUGUUUUCGGUGGGACCGUAUGUAUGGCUUUCAAAGUUACGGAAAACUACAAAGGCAGCAGUAUUGUUUACCACUGGGUCUCAACUGGGGAGUGAAUGUCUUUUAAGAAGUUUUUCUAAAACAGAGCAGUGGCAGUUUUCCCUAAAACACAAAUAGCAUCAUUAAUUGGAUACUGCACGAUGUUAGAGCUGUUUGAAUGGGUUUCCGGUUCAGUCGCUGGCUUGUUUUUGAAAGUUGAAAGCAGAAACUAGCUUGUGGGAGCUAAUAGGGAAGGCACACUGUAGGCGCUUGCAUGCUUUUCUGACAGUUUGUGGAGAGGUUUUUGAGCUAAUUUAGUUUAAAACCUUGGUAAGUGGUAGCCAUGAACACACGGAUAGAGUGCAUAUUUUUCAGCGAGUUUCAUCCAACCCUCGGGCCAAAAAUAACAUACCAGGUCCCAGAAGACUAUAUAUCAAGGGAAUUAUUUGAUACAGUUCAAGUUUAUAUCAUCACCAAGCCAGAACUACAAAACAAAUUAAUAACAGUUACAGCCAUGGGAAAAAAAUUAAUCGGCUGUCCUGUGUGUAUCGAACACAAAAAGUAUAGUAGAAAUGCCCUCCUUUUUAAUCUGGGCCUUGUAUGCGACGCUCAGACCAACACGUGUGCCCUCGAACCGAUUGUAAAGAAGCUGUCCGGGUACCUGACAACUCUGGAGCUGGAGAGUGGCUUCAUAUCCAAUGAGGAGAGCAAGCAGAAGCUUCUGCCUAUCAUGCGGACCUUGCUAGAGGAGCUUAAUGCUACAGGAGCUUGCACAUUACCUAUAGAUGAAUCAAACACAAUCCACCUAAAGCUGAUCCAGCUACGAAAGGACCCUCCGAUCGUUCAGGAGUACGACGUGCCUGUCUUUGCUCAGUGCAAAGAACACUUUAUCAAAUCUCAGUGGGAUCUCACCACUCAACAGAUUCUGCCUUAUAUUGAUGGUUUUAGACACAUCCAAAAAAUAUCGGCGGAGGCAGAUGUAGAACUCAACCUUGUUCGCAUUGCAGUACAAAAUCUCCUAUAUUAUGGAGUUGUGACUUUGGUGUCAAUAUUUCAGUACUCUAAUGUGUACUGCACGACCCCUAAAGUUCAAAGCCUCAUUGAUGACAAAUCCAUACAGGAGGAAUGCCUCAACUAUGUCACAAAGCAGGGUCAGAAUCGUGCCAACCUGAGGGAUGUGUUCCAGCUAUACUGUGGCCUGAGCCCAGGCACAACAGUACGAGACCUUUGCUCCCGCUACUCACUACAGCUUCAAAGGGUUGAUGAGAGAAGGUUAAUUCAGUUUGGAUUAAUGAAGUCGCUCAUCCGGCGGCUGCAAAAGUACCCCGUGAAAGUGAUCCGUGAUGAGAGGAGCAGACCACCGCGGCUCUAUACUGGUUGUCAUAGUUAUGACGAGAUCUGCUGCAAAACAGGGAUAAGUUACCAGGAGCUGGAUGAACGGUUGGAAAAUGAUCCUAACAUUGUCAUCUGCUGGAAGUGAUGAUUAAUGGAACCAUCUGCCCGAAAGAUACUGAAAUGCCUCAACCACAGAUGCCUUUAAGAAAGAGAAAGAGACUGUUGUUACCAUCUAUUUGAAGGAAAUCAUGAAGGUCAAUCUUAUUAACAUUGUGUCGAUUAAGCGUGGUAAUAACACAUUGUGGGUCUGGAUUAAUUUAUUGUGUAUCCCUGAAUAUCCAUGUUGUGACAUGCUGCAUUUCAAUGACAAAAAUAAAAAUGUGAAUGUUUUAUAUUCUGUUGUAUCAUUGUUUUUGCUGAGCCUCC